GUUCCACCUCAAAGCCGAUCUGGAAGGUUCGACUCGGUUGUAAAACCCUUCGCCCCCAAACCUCCAAAGCGAAAAGAUCGUUCAGAUCCAACAAUGGCCCGCGAUGCUUCCGCAGCACUGUCAGUGCGGCAAACAGUCCAGAACUUUCUUAAUGCUGCUCGCACAGGGAACCUCGAUCUCUUCAAGAAGUUGGCGAAGGUGCUGGACGAGGGGAAUGGCGUUGCCGCAACCGUUGCCGAUGUGAAGGACGCCAACAAUCGUUCAGCGCUUCAUUUUGCGGCUAGAGAAGGGAGGACUGAGGUGUGCCAGUACUUGCUGGAGGAGUUGAAGCUCGAUGUCGACGUGAAGGAUGAUGAUGGUGAGACACCUCUUAUUCAUGCUUCUCGUCAAGGACAUUAUUUAACAGCAAAGUAUCUUCUCGAACAGGGGGCAGACCCUUCUGCUUCUAGUGAUUUAGGAGCAACAGCUCUUCACCAUGCUGCUGGAAUAGGGAACCUUGAACUUAUGAAGCUCUUACUUUCAAAAGGUGUUGACAUUGAAUCACAAAGUGAUGCUGGUACUCCUUUGAUAUGGGCCGCUGGUCAUGGACAGCCAGAUGCAGUUAAAUUUUUAUUAGAACACCAUGCAAAGGCAAAUGCUGAAACUGAUGACAAUAUCACUCCAUUGUUAUCGGUUGUUGCAGCUGAAUCACUUCCAUGCUUGGAGUUGCUACUUGAGGCAGGUGCUGAUCCAAAUGUCAGCGCAGGUGGAGCAACUCCAUUGCAUGUUGCUGCUGAUAAUGGAAACCAGCAAAUUAUCAAUUGUUUAAUAAAAGCUGGAGGAAAUCCUAAUCUUUGUGAUGAGGACGGUUUAAAGCCAAUUCAGAUUGCUGCUCUGAGAGGAAAUCGUGAUGCUAUUGAAGUUCUUUUGCCAUUGACAUCCUCAAUUCCAAAGAUUUCCAACUGGAGCAUUGAUGGAGUUAUUGAAUUCAUGCAAUCUGAUGCAAGCUCGCAGCAGAUCCGUAAGGAGGAAAUUGACUCUACGCAAGGUGCUACUUUACAAAAGCCAGAUAUUGUUGAGGUGACACCUGAAGCUAAAAAGAGAUCCUUAGAAGCAAAGUCACGAGGUGAUGAUGCCUUCAGGAAAAAAGACUAUCUGUUGGCAGUAGAUGCGUAUACACAGGCCAUAGAUCUUGACCCAAAUGAAGCUACUUUGCUAUCAAAUAGAAGCCUCUGCUGGAUUCGCCUAGGGCAAGGUGAGCAGGCCUUGGCUGAUGCGAAGGCUUGUAGAGCUCUCAAGCCAGAGUGGCCUAAAGCAUACUACAGAGAAGGUGCAGCGCUACGCUUAUUACAAAGGUUCGAUGAAGCAGCAAGUGUCUUUUAUGAGGCUGUAGAACUUGAUCCUGAGAACAAGGAGCUUGUGGAGGCUUUCAGGGAAGCUGUUGAGGCUGGACGGCAAUUUCAUGGUACCAAUCAGAAAGAUUAAUAAGUUCAUUAUCCUAGAUUGGAGAAGUGCUGUAUCCAUUAUCUGCAAUCAUGUUUUACUAGCCUGAACGCUUAUUGUGCUGUGAUAUUUAACUCAGGAAAUGUACAUAAGGAUUUAGUUCAUCAUGGAUUUCUACAAUACCCAUUUUGAUGUUUCCAUUGUGUUAUUUAGAUGUUGCAACAAAAAUUCAUGCAGUUUGAAUCAUCAACUAGGGUCAUUUGCUUUUUCUAAAACUAGUACCAGUUGUAUGAUUGUCAAGUUGGAGAAGUUUAUUUUCAUUUUGUUUA